AUGAUUGUGACACCUGGCGGAGACAUUUCUUGUCCUGGAGUGUUCCUUCCUGGCAAGCAAGAUGUGUACCUUGCUGUUUACCUCCUGAAUCAGUACCUGGAGACAGAGUGCUUUCCCUCUGUGUUCCCUAUUAUGAUUCAGCAGAACAUGAGGUUUGAAAAGGUAUUUGAAAAUGCAAUCGAUCCUGGAGCUGUAGUAGACAUUUUAGAAACCUUCCUAACCAGGUUUGAAUUAAUACAGCGAGUGCCUCCAGUAUGGGCAGAGUUGGCCUACUAUGAAGAAAACACACGGGAUUUUCUGUUCCCUGAGCCCAAGCUGACACCUUCACACCCUGGGAUGUGUAGGGAGGUGCUCAUGAAGACGGUUGCAGGUUUUCCGGGCAUUGCUCCCAAAAUAGAGUUUUCUACAAGGACAGCCAUCAGAGAAUGUGUGUUUCUGCACAGAAACAGAUUUCUUGAAGAAAGAUAUAAGUCACGAAAGCCCUUAUCUACUUCAUAUGGACCAAAAUUCCCCUUGAGUGAUAUAAAGGUGAAGCCAAAGGAGAGUAAUCUCGACAGACUCCCUCAAAGCAUGCAAUCCCGUGCGCCCUCUCCAUAUUCCACCAGGCGUUUCUUCCAGGACCAGCCAGCUCAACUGAACUUUGGAAAUAAUUUCAAAAUCUCCAGACAAAGCAAACCUCCAUUUGUGGUUAGACAUGUGGACAGCGCAAAGCCCUUUGGUGAGAAUAUUUCAGAGCAUCAUUCCCGGAAGUCUAGAAGAAAAUCUAAGUUUUCAAACUUUCCGUUUCCAGUGAGAAGAGCUUCUUCUCUUGACAGCCUUGCAGCUAACGUAAAGGUUAUCAAAGAGCCAGAUGAACGGAUUGUUUUAAGGAAUGAAUCACCAUCACCUUUAGGUUCAAGUAAGUUUGGAAAGCCCUCACCCACUUACAGUAACCAAGGGGAUGCCGAUUUCCACCGGGAAACUUCAUUUGCUACCUCCCAGCACUCCAGAUCUCCCAGCCCUCUUCGGGAUCAGCCCCUCCUCCAAGAAAGGUUCCAUCCUAGUUCUCAGUCUACAUGGAAGAAGAUCCAUGAAAGGGUAUGCAGUCUUCUGACAUCCCACAGAGCUCAGCAGCACCCAGACGAGAAAGAUUCUAUCUCUGAAGUAAAUUAUAUCCUUGAAAGACCCAGCUACCAUCUGAAGAAAUACCCAGUGCAUGAACAGAGAUAUUUUUGAGCUGCUGUCUUAUGGGAAAGGGAAUGAAAGCUGGAGGAGCAUCAGGAAGAAAUCCCUCAUUGAGUCAUCUGACACAUCCUUAGAGAAAUGGACAACAAUUUUUGUUAUGUGUGUCGAGUCACCAGUAUCUAAUCCCCUUUAAAUCAAACCCUGUACUCAGUCUUUUGUACCCAGGUAAGAGUCAUUGAUUAAAGAGUUUGGUGUUUGGGGCUCAUAUUUUCUUGUCAAGCUGGAAAAUUUGUGUUUUAGUUUGCUUGUGUGUUUGUUUUGAGCUUGGAAUAGAAAAUAACAAUAGUUGAGUGGUAGGUGCUUUUUCAUUUGAAGAGCACUUAGAAUGCCAACGAAAAUGUCAGGUGUUCCUCAUUUUGGGCAGUGGAUGUGUUCUUUACAAGUUCUUUCCCAUCCCCCAUGCCUCAAUCCCACUCCGCCCCAACUGUCUGUCUUUCUAAAUCAACUUACAUUUUUCAUGAGCUAAAGGAAGCUGCUAUUUAGAUGAAUAACCUGAUAAAUCCUCCAGGAAAAGACUGUCAACCUGAUUUUCUCUUUUUGGUAAAUCUGGGUUUUGUCUGUUAUUUGUUUGUUUGUUCUUUAGUGUUAGGCUUGAUUUACAUGAAAUCCACUGAAAACCUAGGAAGAGAGAGUAAUUACAUCUGGAGAAUUCAGAUCUUGCUUUAAAGGUUCCAUUUCUAUUAUACAUUUGUAGGAGGAGGCUCAUUUCUUUGGACUGUAGUUUCAACUACUCCUUGUGUCACCUACCCCUCCUUUUUCCCAGCAGUUCUUAAUAAAUUUAUAUGAGGAACAAAACCUUCCUCAAAUAUUUCUCUGAAAGAACUACUUUAAGUAAAUAGGCUCUGCAAAUAUGACUGCCAAAACCAGAUUUAAAGUUAGUUAGAAGGGUGCAUUUAUGAAAUGUUCACAUGGCUUCA